UCUAUCCCAUCCCAUUGUUUCAUUUUCUCUUAAGAAGCUUAAUAUCUGCAUGUGUAAGAGUUUUCAUACUCGAACUUUCAACAACAUAAAGAAGAAAAAACCAAAACCAAUACUGCUACUAUAAUCACCAAGUACUAAGGAAAGCUCUUUCAAUGGCAACCAACUCCAUGGAUGAUGUAACACCAGAAGUACUUGAACUUCCAGGCUUUCGGUUCCAUCCCACUGAAGAAGAGCUUUUAGAUUUUUAUCUCAAGAAUAUGGUUUCUGGGAAGAUGCGUUUCGACAUAAUUGGCUCUCUCAAUAUCUAUCUUUUUGAUCCUUGGGUCUUGCCUGACAAGGCGAAGAUUGGAGAAAGAGAAUGGUACUUUUUUGUGCCAAGGGACAGGAAGCAUGGAAGUGGUGGAAGGCCAAACCGGACCACUGAAAGAGGGUUUUGGAAAGCCACGGGUUCUGACCGUCGGAUUGUGAGUUUAUCAGAGCCAAAGAGAGUGAUUGGUCUAAGAAAGACUCUUGUUUUUUACAAGGGCAGAGCUCCUAGGGGAACCAAGACUGAUUGGGUCAUGAACGAGUACCGUUUGCCUGAUAACUGCAAACUCUCUAAGGACAUAGUUUUGUGCAAAGUUUAUAGAAAGGCAACUUCAUUGAAAGUCCUAGAGCAGAGGGUACAAAUGGAGGAAGAGAUGAAGAACUUUCAGAAUGAUAAUUCUCCAGCCUCUCCAAUGGACACCAUUUCGUUCUGUAACCCACAUGAAGAGCAGCUAAUCCAACAUGCAUUAGUGCCCACAAGCGACUUUGUCUUGAAGAAAGAAGUAGAAGAAGUUGUAGGAGCAACAGCAGGAGACUUUGCUAAUGCCUCUUCUAUCACUACAUCUUUGCAGGUACCAUAUGGUUACAAGGACAAGUUGCCUGAGCUCCAAGUUCCCAAAUUGGGUCUGGAUUGGACCCAAGAACAGUUUUGGACACAUUUGAAUAGUCCUUGGCUUCAAAACUUGACCCCAUUAGCCAAUAUUCUUAAUUUUUAAGGACUAAAAUGCAAAAUUGGUGGUUCUUAUCUUAAGAGGAUGAAGAAGGAAAAAAUAACUGGCCUAUAGUUGUAAAUAAAAUGAUUUCUGUUGGAACUUUCUAGCCGGGCGUUGGAAGAAAAGUGCGCGCCUAUUACCUACCUAUGACUUGGUCUUUAUUGUUAUUUAAGUGUAUGAAGCUUUAGUUUAAGUACAGUUCAUAAUUAAUUUAAAUCGCUGGUUCGUUUAAUUUCAUGCUUUGUUUUCUACGAGGGUAAUUUUAUCACCAUUCAUUAAAGGUGAUGUUUAAACCUUCGUAGAGCAAGGUUUUUUUUUUUUUUUUUCUUUUUGUGAUUCAAAUGGCAAUGAAAAUUAGUAAAAUCUAUGGCCUUGUUCAUUCUA